CUGCGCAUCGCGCAACGUUUGUAGAGAAGUUCGGAUCUGACGGGUGUUCUUUCUGAAUUUGGGCGUGAUUCGAUAAUUUUUGCAGGUUAAAUAAUUUAAUUAUCAGGCCGCAACGAUUGCUAAAAUGUCUACUGCAGAAUCAACCGGAGAUGAAUCCCUUUAUCCCAUUGCGGUGCUCAUUGAUGAGCUACGCAAUGAAGAUGUGCAGCUGCGGCUGAACUCUGUGAAGAAGCUGUCGACGAUCGCGCUGGCGCUGGGCGUGGAGCGCACCCGGAACGAGCUGAUCCCCUUCCUGACGGAGACCAUCUACGACGAGGACGAGGUGCUGCUGGCGCUGGCCGAGCAGCUCGGCAACUUCACGAAGCUGGUCGGCGGCCCCGAGUUCGUCUACUGUCUCCUGCCGGCGCUGGAGUCUUUGGCGCAGGUGGAGGAGACGGUGGUGCGCGACAAGGCGGUCGAGUCGCUGCGCACCAUCUCGCACCAGCACAGCACGGCCGACCUGGAGUCGCACUUUGUGCCGCUAGUGAAGCGGCUGGCCUCGGGCGACUGGUUCACGUCGCGCACCUCCAGCUGCGGGCUGUUCGCCGUCUGCUACCCGCGCUGCAACGACAAACUCAAAGCGGAGCUGCGCGUCAACUUCCGUAACCUGUGUCAGGACGACACGCCGAUGGUGCGCCGCGCCGCCGCCAGCAAGCUGGGCGAGUUCGCCAAGGCGGUGGGCUCGGAGCACCUCAAGUCCGAGGUGAUCCCCAUGUUCGUCGAGCUGGCCGGCGACGAGCAGGACUCUGUCCGCCUGCUGGCGGUCGAGGCCUGCGUCAGUAUCGCCUCGCUACUGCCCCAGGCAGACACCGAGGCCCUGGUGAUGCCCACACUCAAACACUGCGCCGAGGAUCAGUCGUGGCGCGUCAGGUACAUGGUGGCCGACCACUUCACGGAGCUACAGGCGGCCGUCGGCCCGGAGAUCACCACAGUGGACCUGGUGCCGGCCUUCCAGUCGCUGCUGAAGGACUGUGAGGCCGAGGUGCGCGCCGCAGCCGCCCAGAAGGUCAAGGACUUCUGCCAGAAUCUGGCGCCGGCCACCCGCGAGACGCAGAUCGUCACCAACAUCCUGCCCUGCGUCACCGAGCUGGUGUCGGACGCCAACCAGCACGUCAAGUCGGCGCUGGCCGGCGUCAUCAUGGGCCUGUCGCCGAUCCUGGGCAAGAACAACACGGUGGAGCACCUGCUGCCGCUGUUCCUCACGCAGCUGAAGGACGAGUGCCCCGAGGUGCGACUCAACAUCAUCUCCAACGUGGACUGCGUCAACGAGGUCAUCGGCAUCCAGCAGCUGUCCCAGUCGCUGCUGCCGGCCAUUGUGGAGCUCGCUGAGGACACCAAGUGGCGCGUCCGGCUGGCCAUCAUCAACUACAUGCCGCUGCUGGCCGGCCAGCUGGGCGUCGAGUUCUUCGACGAGAAGCUGAACCAGCUGUGCAUGACGUGGCUGGUGGACCACGUGUUCGCCAUUAGGGAGGCGGCCACGCUGAACCUCAAGAAGCUGGUGGAGAAGUUCGGCGCCGAGUGGGCGCAGAACGGCGUCAUUCCCAAGGUGGUCGCCAUGGCGCGCGACCAGAACUACCUGCAUCGCAUGACCUGCCUGUUCUGCAUCAACGUUCUGUCGGAGGCCUGCGGGCCCGAGAUGACGGUGAAGCUGAUGCUGCCCACCGUGCUCGGCAUGGCCGGAGACCGCGUGGCCAACGUGCGCUUCAACGUGGCCAAGACCCUGCAGCGCAUGGGACCCAUCCUGGACAGCAGCGUGGCCCAGACCCAGGUGAAGCCGGUGCUGGACAAGCUGAACACCGACACCGACUUCGACGUCAAAUUCUACGCGUCCGAGGCGCUGGCCGCGCUGGGUUAGUUCGCCGCGGACGGCUCUCCACACCCCUUCACUUAGAGCGACGCCGGCGCGCCCGGCCCAGAGGAGCGAUAUAUGUGUGGCCGGCCGGCCCCGCACGCAGUGCACCCGCCGCAGAGCCGGCGGCCCGACCAGAUCGAGCGAUCGCCACCCGCUUCAUAUAUGUUGUGUGUGCGCGUGCCAAUUCCAAUUAAAGUUUCGUAAUUCUUUUGCCUCCUGGACUCGCGCUCGUGUUGUUUUAGUCGUGUCGCGGGCGGUGUCUCCGUCCUGCCGCUCUCCCUCGGUUGGUGGUAGACUGAGUUGGCCGCACGGGCGCGCCGGCGGCGGCCGCGUAGUGUUAUAUGUCUGGAGACCGGCGCCGGUUGGCCCCACGGCGCCGCGGACGGGUGACACGACUCGGCGCCCUCCGGCCGGCCGGCGCAGCACACGCGCGCACGUUGGCUGUUGAUGACGCGACUGACGCGACUCGGACUCAGCCGGGACGCGGUCCCCGGUAAAAAUCUCCGUCUGCGCGGCGGCGGCGGCCGCUCCUGUCCCGAUUUUAUCAUUGAUUCCUAACCAUGUGUACCGAGCGGAGGCGAAUAAACAACACGUGUCAAU